UUCCCAGCAGCCCAAACGAUCCCGGGGCAGGGGUUUGGGGUUUUGUCCCCUUCCAAUUGCCCUGGGGACGGGGCCGGCAGCCCCGCCCCCGGAGUCCCGGCGCAGGCGCUGUGCUGUGGCGGAGCCGCGGCCGGGCGGUGCGGGGCCGGGCCGCGCUGCAGCGCCGGGCGGAGUCCCUUAGAAACGCGGCCCUGUGAGACUCGGGAGCCAGCAUGCUUGGCAGGAGGCACAAAAAAAGCCCCCAGGCAAAGGGGCAGGGCGCUGCAGUUGCAAAGCAGCUGGGGCUGUUUGUAGAUUUCAAUCCCGAAGAGAUGCUGCUGGGUGCAGAGGAUGGUGAGGAUGAUGGGGACCUAGAAGCAGAGCUUGCUGCUAUCACAGGAGCAAGGGUGAAAGAAGGGAAAGCAAAACCAAAAGGGAAAACUCCUCUGCCCAUGGAUCAUAUUGAAAAGCUGGCUGCAGACUGUAUGAAGGAUCUGAAUGAAGAUGAGGAGGAAACAGAGGAUGAAGACUUGGAGAAAGAUACAGACCUGUUGGCAGAAUUGCAAGAAGUUCUGGGGGAGGAGGGCGAGACAGGAAGCUGUGGGGAUGAAACAACAGCAAUGGAACAGUCCCCAACUGAAUCGGAAAAUGAGGAACCUGAACUGCAACCACAGACCACCUCACUUCCUGCUGUUACCAGCGAGCUGCAACAGACAAUAGAGAAGAGAAUUGCUAACUACAGGACGGCAAUUUCAAACGCAAAGGAGUCGGGUGAGAGUGUCAAACUACGCCGAUACGAAAGAGGCCUUAAGACACUGGAAACCAUGCUGGCUGCAGUGAAGAGAGGCAAAAAAAUCAAUGAAGAGGAAAUGCCACCUCCUGUUGCAACAGGAAAGAGCUCUUCUCACAUAUCUCAAGCCACAGGAACAGAGCAGGAGAUUUCAGAAGAUUCAGUCAGUGUCCCACCAGAGAGUAGAGAUGCAUCUGCUGCAGAUGAUGAGCAGAAGACCUCUCGUGAGGCAGAGCAGCAUCUGGAAUUGGAGUAUCUACAGGGUCGUGCUGUUUCUAGUCCUACCGUGGAAACAGAUCUCCAGAACGGCAACACACGAGCAGUAUUACUGAUGAGGCAGAAGGAGUAUAAAAUAGCAGCUCUGAAAGCCAAACAGCAAGGGAACCUGGAGAAGGCAAAGGAAUACAUGAAGACAGGCAAGAAAUUUGAUGUGGUCUUGGAAGCUUUGGACAGUGGGCAGCCAAUAGACCUCCAGAAUAUGCCUCCAUCUCCUCAGGAUCUUGAAAGCUUAGGAAAUGUACAAAGUACGUCCAAGCAAAAGGUACCGGCUCCAGUGGGAAGUUCCCAAGGUCUUACAUCACCUGAAACUCGGAACCAAGAAGCUUCAGAAGCUUCCCUGCAGCAACCAAAAACAAUGCUGGAAGCAUUGCAGCAAAGGCUUGAGAAGUACAAGUCAGCAGCAGCACAAGCUAAAGCGAGUGGGGAUGACCGGAAAGCCAGAAUGCACGAGAGGAUAGCCAAGCAAUACCAAGAUGCUAUAAGAGCCCAUAAAGCGGGGAGAAAAGUGAAUUUUUCCGAGCUACCUGUUCCUCCUGGAUUUCCCCCUCUUCCUGGUGUUGCAGCAACGGAUGGCGGCAGCACAAUAGCUGCUGUUCUGGAAAACGCCAGUCAGCUGGCAAGCAUGGAAGAAAAUGAUGAAGAAGAGGAGAAUGAACCUCUGACACAGGCCCCAGUUGCCAAGAAGCCUGCUCAGCUGCCUGGAAAGCCGACUCAAGUUGUUAAGCCAAUUACAGUGCCAUCUGCUGUAGCUGAGGAGGAAAGCUCUCCUGAGCAUGCGAAACAAGCUACAUCACCCUCCACCCUGGACAAGGCAGAGUCAGUGGAUCAUCUCCCUCCAGCUGCUAGGCAACAGCUGGAAUUUCUGGAGAACAGAAAGAAGCAGUACAUGAAGGCAGCCGUCAAAGCAAAGAAGGAAAAUAACCUUGAACAGGCUAAAAUGUAUCUCAGAACAGCUAAGAGCUUUGACCCAAAGAUUGAGGAAGCAAAAUGUGGCAAACCUGUUGAUAUUUCCAAGCUGCCAUCACCCCCCACAGAUGAUGAGGGUGAUUUUAUCUUCAUACACCAUGAAGAUCUCAGAGUGUCCCAGAAAGCAGAGGAAGUAUACGCACAGCUCAUAAAACUGCUGAAGGACCAACAUGAGAGAUGUUUGCAGUAUUCCAAGCAGUUCAUGCAUCUGGGAAAUGUAGCUGAAACGACUCGGUUUGAGAAACUGGCACAAGGUUGUAAAAAGGACUUGGACAUCCUACAGCUUGCGCAAGCACAAGGAAUGGAUCCUCCAAGCCAUCACUUUGAGGAGAGAACCUUUAAAAUGAUACGGAUAUUUUCUGAGCUCAACAGCACAGAAAUGCACCUUCUUAUUGUCAGGGGGAUAAACCUACCAGCUCCGCCAGGUGUGGCACCAAAAGAUUUAGAUGCGUUUGUGAAGUUUGAAUUUCAUUACCCAAGCACGGAGCAACCUCAAAAGAGCAAAACACCUGUAAUAAACAAUAACAAUUCUCCAGAAUACAACCAGUUGUUCAAGCUAAACAUCAACCGAAAUCACAGAGGUUUCCGACGAGCAAUUCGAUCCAAAGGAAUUAAAUUUGAAGUAUUUCAUAAAGGGUCCUUUUUCAGAAGUGACAAGCAGGUGGGGACAGCACACUUGAAACUGGACAAGCUGGAAUCAGAAUGUGAAGUUAGAGAGAUCAUCGAGAUUUUUGAUGGCAGAAAACCCACUGGAGGGAAACUGGAGGUAAAAGUGAGACUCAGGGAGCCCCUCAGUGGUCAGGAUCUUCAAACAAUUACAGAAAACUGGCUGGUCCUUGAACACUAGUUCCUACAUGAGAUCCACAAGAAUGCUAAGAGGUGUGGGAUGGACGCGUGUGUGGAGAUGCUGCUAGCUGCAAGCACCAAAGACGUUAAACGAAUGCACUACUGAACCUAAUGUCUAUUUUGGUAACAGCCAUAGUGCUUAUUAAUAACUUAAGGCAAAUGUAAGGCUCUGGAAAUUUGCUGCUGCAGGGUGUUGUUCUUUGUCUACACAAAAUAGACAGAAUUGCCUUAAUGUGGGACUACUAACGUAGCACCAGGAUGAAUGUUACAUUAACUAUGCAUAGUGGUGUAUGAAAGGUUUAGCCCCGUAAAAAAUUCCCCAAGACAGUGCAAAACCUUUUCAGUCGAUUCACAGGUAAGACCUUCACUGAUUACUUUUUUUUUAAAUGUGUAUGAGCACCCAACACGGUACAGCGGACAGUUUGCUGCCACUUCCUUGUGUCCUUUGUUGUCAGGGCCUGUUGUUCCCACCACCCCCUGCCCAGUAUAGUAUCAGUGUCCUGAAAUAGAGGAGUGAGAGCUCAGAAAUCUAGCAGCAGUGUCUCCCCCCUCCUAUGUGCAUGCUGCUGCAACAAGAAGUUUAACUUGUCAGGAUGCUGCCUUUCAGGAGAAAAGGAUGCAACACGUCUUAGCAGCAGGUGUUUGCAGAUCUGCGUUUUCAUUUUGGCUACCAGUUGUCUGCCAUGCUUGCUGCACUGCUUAUUCUAGUGCAGCCUGGGUACUGUGCCUUCAUCUUUUUUAUUUUUCCUUUGUUGGUUUAUUUAAAAAAGAAAAAAAGAGGUAUGCUAGAUUGCUGCUUCCCAGAUGUUCAUUGUAUUAUUUUUUUUACAAAAAUAGCCUUUUGCAGUUCUUCCAGGUGAUGGGAAAAUAGCCACUCAUUAUUGUGUAGAAAACUGGAUUACAACCACCUUCAGAAAUGCUUUUAAUUAGCAGCAUACAAAAAAUGGUACCAAAUAUGUUUCUGUUCAUAAAUCUCUGUGAGCUAACAGAAAGGACUGAUCUCAGAGGAGAGGAUGUGCCUGCACUGAGGAGUGGGGGUGCUGCUGCGCCAGCUGUUUAGGUAGGGCGAGGUUGUAGGCAGAAAGGAGUCCAGACACGUAAGGCAGCGCUGCCUCUGUCUUCCUGAGCAGAUGAAGACAAUACAGUAUUUAGUUUUUAAUUUCAAUAAAUUUAAUAUACAAAACUACAUGUUGAAAAUAAAAAUAUAAUAUGCAGUUUUUUGCAGUGUUAACUAACUGAAUUUUAAAAGUACAAUUUUUUCUAAAACAAGUACUCAUUUCUUAACAACAUGGUAAUUAAGGUCAUUUAAAAGGCUAUGGUUGAAGCAAACAUGUCAGUCACCAGUUGAUAGUGUUUUGCACAAACAUAAUCCAAACUUAAAUGACAUUUGGGGCAAAGGAAGAAAAGAUAAAGUUUUUUUCACCUCUUUUACUGCAUCAUUAAGCAUAACAAUGCAACUAAGGUAACUGAGAAGCUGCUGCUGUGGCAAAGCUGGAGUGCAGUCUCUAGAAGGAAUAUUUUUUUUUUCUCCUUAGUUUAUGGAACUCUCUUCCAGAUACUGAAUCUUGCCUACACCAUGUAGUGCUGCGCUGUGUCCCAAAGUGUGCAGGUGCAGUGUGCAGAAGGGAGUUUGACAGUAACCUUAGUCCUGCUCCACUGCACAAAUACGUAGGAAGGCUUUUAUUGAUUGGGUAAUAGCUUAAGGUUUGUCGAUCAUGAACUGUUAAGCCACCUUUUCCCAAACGCCAGAGGUAAGGUUUUACUUGGGUGUACACGUAAAAGGGUGAGUGGUUCUAGUGCGCUACCUCUUGCUGGCCAGCUUUUGUUCCUGGAGUUGGACCCCAGUACCGUGGCCUUUCUUCUCCAAAUGUUUGGUGGUGACAGCUGUAAUUUGCUAUAAAUUUGUGAGACUUUGUUUUGUUUUGUUGUUUUUUUUUCAAAGCAGUAGCCAUUUAUUCACCAAUGCACUCUGUACAUACUCUGUGCUGUCUUUAUGUAAAAUACAUUGCAAUGUGUACAGUUACCUCUUUGUUUGCCCAGCUAAUGCUGUGUAUGUGUCUAAAGAACAUAGCAUCAGCCUCACAGUA